CUGUACAUCACUUUCGACCCUAAUAUCUCCCCCUUGGGUUGAUCAAAACAAAUAUUUUGUGUCAGCUGAGUCAGCCCGGAAGUGUAAACAAGCUUUUUCUGUGGAUUAAAUGGCAGAGGAAGUUGGUGAAAACUCAAGGAGUAGUAUGCUCGUGUAUGAGGGAGAAGAAGUGGCCAGAAAACUGCCCAAAUGGAUUAAAUUGAAUGUAGGUGGGAGGAUUUUCAUGACGACUCUGUCGACUCUGACAAAAGAGCCUGGGAUGCUCACCCGGAUGUUCUCUCAGGAUGGUGCUAUGGAUCCCAGUGACAAGGAUGACCAGGGUGCUUAUCUCAUUGAUCGAAGUCCGCAGUAUUUUGAGCCAAUUGUGAAUUAUUUGAGGAGUGGUCAGUUGAUCUAUGACACUAACGUCAAUCCUCAGGGAAUUCUCGAGGAAGCGAGAUUCUUCGGGGUUGAAAGUCUCAUUCCGCAGCUGGAGGAUGCCGUGAAGAGGCAGUAUAGCAGCACAGAUGCGCCACUGACCCGAAGGGAUGUUGUCACUGCGAUUAUUCAGACGUGCAAUCUGUCGGAAUUGAGAUUCCAGGGAAUUAAUCUCUCAGGAGCUGAUCUCAGGAGGCUGGAUCUGAGAAAGGUGAAUUUCAAGUAUGCUUGUCUGUCGAGGUGCAAUCUGUCGUAUGCCAAUCUCACAAAUUGCUGUCUGGAGAGAUGUGAUUUGUCCCAUGCAGACAUUUCCUACGCUCAAAUGAUCUCCCUGAAGGCUCUCUGUGCAAACAUGGAAGGUGCCAAUCUGCAGGAGUGUAACUUUGAAGAUCCCACGGGAAGCAGGAGCAAUCUCGAGGGAGUUAAUCUCAAAGGUGCUUGCUUGGAGGGGAGUAAUAUGGCAGGAGUUAAUCUCCGGGUGGCGAAUCUGAAGAAUGCCAACAUGAAGAAUUGCAAUCUCAGGGCUGCAAUUCUAGCCGGAGCUGACUUGGAGAAGUGUAACUUGUCCGGAAGUGAUCUGCAGGAGGCAAAUCUUCGUGGUGCCAACUUCAAAGAUGCUCAGCUUGAAUUGAUGCUAACUCCACUGCACAUGUCUCAGGCAAUCCGCUAAAUUCCACAGAAAAAAAAUGCCCAGUAUUUAUUGUAUUAGAUUGCUUUAUUGAACUCUCAAUGAGGAUUAAAGGCUGCCCUAUUUAUCACAAUAA